UCCCUAUUUCACCUCACAGCCUUUUUGGUAUCUGACCUCUGCUUUGGUUACAGGACCCCUGGGAUGAGGGGUAUUGAAGCAUUUCACCAUCUAUGUGACUGUCUUUAACUUGAACUUUAAAUUUGUGACUACAGGGAACAGAGAGCAGCUCUUUGCUGGGGCGUGGCCAAGUGUCUCAUUCAGAGAUGCCAGUUGCAUCUCCCCCAUUGCACGCCUUGGAGAGACACUAAUUGAUCAAGUUUUCUCCCUCCUGUGUACUGAUUCUAGCUGCAGCCUCAUCACUCUCCUCAAGACGCCAUCCCAAAAGGCCACUACCAAUAAAUGGCAAUUGGCAUGUGAGAUGGAAAUUAUUCGCCACCCCAUGUAGGAUUCUUGCCAUAGGUCAGCUAUUCUUCCUCAGCUAAAGUGCAUUGGGUGAAACAUGGGGGACGUGAAUCAGUCGGUGGCUCCAGACUUCAUUCUGGUGGGCCUCUUCAGUCACUCAGGAUCACGCCAGCUCCUCUUCUCCCUGGUGGCUGCCAUGUUUGUCACAGGCCUUCUGGGCAACACUGCUCUUUUCUUCUUGAUCCAUGUGGACUCCCGGCUCCACACACCCAUGUACUUCCUGCUUAGCCAGCUCUCCCUGUUUGACGUUGGCAUCCUCAUGGUCACCAUCCCCAAGAUGGCAUCAGACUUUAUGCGGGGGGAAGAUGGCAUCUCUUACGGAGGUUGUGCAGCUCAAAUAUUCUUUCUGACAUUGUUGGGUGUGGCCGAGGGCGUCCUAUUGGCCCUCAUGUCUUAUGAUCGUUAUGUCGCUGUGUGCCAGCCCCUGCAGUAUGCAGUACUUAUGAGACACCAGGUGUGUCUGCUGAUGGUGGGUGCCUCCUGGGUGGCAGGUGUGCUCAACGCCUCCAUCGAGACCUCCAUCACCAUGCACUUCCCCUACUGUGCCUCCCGUACUGUGGAGCACUUCUUCUGUGAGGUGCCAGCUCUACUGAAGCUCUCCUGUGCAGAUACCUCUGCCUAUGAGUUGGCGCUGUCCACCUCGGGGGUGCUGAUUCUAAUGGGCCCUCUUUCCCUCAUCGUGACCUCCUACAGUCACGUGUUGCAGGCUGUUCUAAGCCUGCGCUCAGAGGAGGCCAGACACAAGGCUGUUACCACCUGCUCCUCACACAUUGUGGCAGUGGGGCUCUUUUACGGUGCAGCCAUGUUCAUGUACAUGGUGCCCGGCACCUACCACAGUCCACAGCAGGAUAACCUGGUUUCCCUCUUCUAUAGCCUUGUCACCCCUACACUCAAUCCCCUUAUCUACAGCCUGAGGAACCGGGAGGUUUGGAUAGCUUUGGUCAAAGUGCUUAGCAGGGCUGGACUCAGGCAAAUGUGUUGGCUACAUAAAAACUGCUGGUGAAGAUUCCAGCAGUCCUCAAUCCCACACACCUUCCCAAAGUAGGUGGGUGGGAUUGAGGACUGUCAAUUGUCAAUAUGUGCAACUGGCCAAAUAUCCAGCCAUUGCACAAGGUGCAACUUUUUGAGACAAUGUCUGCCUUUUAAAUUGUGGUAGAAUACACAUAACAUAAAAUGAACCACUAUUAAGUGUACAAUUCAGCCACUAAGUACUUACGUCUAAGGCUAAGUGUCUGUCCAGUUCCUGCUCAUGACUAGCUAGGUUCAUGUUUUCCCUCAUGGACUUGUGGAAAGCAAUGGUGAUCAUCCCAAUCACAUUCAGCAUAUUUUUUUCUCUCUCUUUUCUUUUUGUAACAGAGUCUCACUUUGCUGUCCAGGCUGGAGUACGAUGACAUGGUCAUAACUCACUGUAGGGUCAAGGGGUCCUCCUGCCUCAGCCUCCUGAGUAUCUGGGACUAUAGGCAUGUGCCACCACUCCUAGCUAUUUUAUUCAUUUUUUGCAGAGAUGGGGUCUCACUAUGUUGCCCAGGCUUGUCUCGAGUUCCUGGGCUCAAGGAAUCCUCCCAUCUCAGCCUCCCAAAGUGCUGGGAUUAUAGAUAGUAUAUUAUUUCUAUAACAAUGCACCGCCCCACCUUUUUAAAAAAUGGAUCUCUAUCACCUAGACUGGACUGCAGUGGUACAAUUUCAGCUCACUGCAACCUCCACCUCCCUGGUUCAAGCAAUCUUCCCACCUUAACCUCUCAAGUAGCUGGGAUUGCAGGUGUGUGGCACCAUGCCUGACUAAUAUUUGUAUUUUCAGUAGGGAUGGGGUUUCACCAUGUUGGUCAUGCUGGUCUUAAACUCCUGACUUCAAGUGAUCUGCCCGCCUUGGCCUCCCAAAGUUCUGGGACUACAGGUGUGAGACCCUGUGCCCAUCCAGAAAUGUAAUAUAUUAUAAAGCUAAUAUUUAGACAUUAUAAAGCUAACAAAACUCUGAAGAAGUGAGAAGAAAAGAAAAAAUAAAUCACUGGCAACUUAGAUAUUUUAUCAAAAAAGGCAUAUUUACAGUGUCUAUCAGGUAGUAAGUAAAAUAUACAAAUUAAUUCAAAAUAUAUAAGGAGCUCCAACAACUCAGGAGAAAAAAAAAUCUUUAUUUUUUUUUGAGUUGGAGUCUCACUCUGUUGCCCAGGCUAGAGUGCAGUGGCUCAAUCUCAGCUCAUCGAAACCUCCACCUCUCAGGUUCAAGCAAUUCUCCAACUUCAGCCUCUUGAGUAGCUGGAAUUACAGGUUCCUGCCACCACGUCUGGCUAAUUUGUGUAUUUUUAGUAGAGAUGGGGUUUCACCAUGUUGGCCAGGCUGGUCUUGAACUCCUGACCUCAUAUGAUUUGCCCACCUGGGCCCAAAAUGCUGGGAUUAGAGGCAUGAGCCACCAUGAAUCUCCAUCCUGAAUCCCCACAGACUCACUCCACCUCCUCACCUUUUAUUCAUCCACUUCCUGUGAGAGCUGAUCCCAAUCUACCCUAACUUCCAGCUGUUCUUGUUCUCAUCCCCAUCUGCCUGAGUUUCCCUGGGUUAGGAAAAGGCAGGGAAGGAGGGUCUGUGCCCACGGGGAGCAUUUUACUCUUUCAGGAGCACAUGAAGGUGAGAAUUAGAAACUUCUCCUUGGGUUUGAGGACUUGGAGAAAUACAGUGAGAUGCCAGAUAUCUGACACCUCUGUCUAUACAGGUAAUGUAGGAAUGGGGUCUUAGGAUGCAAAUAAAAGCAACAAAAAAUAAAGAAAUUCGUUGGGCAUGGUUGGGCUCACACCUAUAAUCCCAGCACUUUGGGAGUCCAAGGGAGGAGGAUUGCUUGAGUGUAGGAGUUUGAGAGCAGCCUGGGAAACAUAGUGAAACCUAGUCUCUAUUGUAAACAGAAAAUUUAGCGGGGCAUGAUGGUGCACACCUGUGGUCCCAGCUACUCAGGAGGCCCUGGCGGGAGGAUCACCUGAGACUUGGAGGUGGAGCCUGUAGUCAGCCAAAAUCAUGCCACUGAACUCCAGUCUAGACAAUCAGAGUGAGACGCUAUCUCAAUAAAAUCAAUAAGUAAAUAAUAAAAAUAAAAAAAGGAAGAAAAAACUUUUUCUUAGUAGGUCAUUAACUCCUCACAUCAUGUUCUACAAUCUCCCUUCUUGCAGACCACAGAGCCCCUUUCCUGUGGAGUUGGGUAGGUGGAUUGAAAGCAGGGCAGCCCUGAGACACCUGUGUAGUUGGGUUGUAGAAGCCUUCCCAGCACCUUGUGAUGACUUACAGGUGCCUCACUUUUCUCUUGCCCCAAAUUUAAAACACCCAAUCUCAUUGCAGGUCCAUGCAUCUCUUCCUCCUUCUUGCUCUCCAACACACACCCACACACCCCACAGGGUCACCCUGCAGGCGUCCCCAGCACACAGCACAGCUCACUUGCUCGCUCCUGCGUGGUCGCUCCUGGAUUCCAUGCAGUAAUCACUGGGGCUUCUUGGGCACCGGGAGCCUUUCAUGGUUUAAAUUUCCAGGGUUCUCUAAGUCAGCCUAUGCCAGCGUUUCUCUGUGUCCUGCAAAGAUUUCUUUUUGGCCCCUGGAUUCUUUACUUCCUUUGAGAGAGGAGUGUCAGCUCCAAAACUGGUUCCAAAGACUUGGGCUGUGGGGCAACUGAGCUGUGGCCAGCAGCAGGAGGAUCAAACUCUGACAGCUGCGCUCUUGGGGGAAUCCUUUAUGCGUCAGCAGUGGGUGGAGCCAGGGGAUUUGUCAGCAGAAACUGAUGUGAUUGGCAGUUCCUGGUAUGACAAUGGGAGGGGCCUGCAAGAAGGGUUUGGGCAUAACUCAAUUAAUAGAUAAUCAGUCUACAGAAUCUGCCUAAUCUCAUCAGCAGCCAAUUGUUUCCUGUCCCCCUCCCAUCCUCUAGGUCUUGCCUAAUAAUGAUAGACCCUUUCUGUAAUGCCCAAUUCAUGCAUCACUGAAAUAGAUUUGAUGUGUGCCUUUUAUAUUUUCAUGGAAUAAAAAUAUGUUAAUUUUCACAGUGGAUA